GAGGAAACCACAUCUCCAUGUUGCCCCUACCGUUUCCAUGUGUCUCUCCAAAGACACAGCAAAUUCAUUCCUGUGUUCUUGGAUUGUGAACACAGAACACAUAAAGUCAGAACAGUUAUUCAUUGAAAAUGAAAUCAGAGACAGUGACGUUAGUGCUGGUCAAUCUUGCGAGUAUUAUGCAGAGAGCUGAUGAAUCUUUGAUGCCAGGAGUGUACAAAGAGGUUGGUGCUGCUCUGAACGCUGACCCAACUGCGUUAGGUUCACUCACUCUCUUUCGAUCUCUUGUUCAAUCUUUAUGCUACCCACUAGCUGCUUACCUCGCUAUGCGUCAUAAUCGUGCCCAUGUUAUAGCUCUCGGCGCUUUUCUUUGGGCUGCUGCCACAUUCCUCGUUGCCAUCUCCUCCACCUUCUUACAGGUGGCAAUUUCAAGAGGUUUAAAUGGGAUAGGACUAGCCAUUGUUAUUCCAGCAAUUCAGUCCCUGGUUGCUGACUCCACCGUUGAUAGCAACCGUGGCAUGGCUUUUGGGUGGCUGCAACUAACAGGAAACUUUGGAAGCAUCAUUGGUGGGCUCUUCUCAGUACUUAUAGCCUCAACAUCAUUUGUGGGUAUACCUGGUUGGAGAAUAGCUUUUCAUCUGGUUGCAUUGAUUAGUGUUAUAGUCGGUAUAUUAGUACGCCUCUUUGCUAAUGAUCCACACUUUAUAGAGAGUGCUGGUAGAGCAUCAUGUCAAGCUCCAGACACUACCUUUUAUUCUGAAAUGAAAGAUUUAAUGAAAGAAGCAAAGUCAGUUAUGAGAAUUCCAUCAUUUCAGAUAAUUGUGGCUCAGGGAGUGUUUGGAUCAUUCCCUUGGACAGGCUUGUCAUUUGCCCCUCUUUGGUUAGAGCUAAUAGGUUUCUCCCAUGUGAAAACAGCAUUUCUUUGGACCCUAUUUAUAGUUGCUUCUUCAUUCGGGUCUCUAUUUGGAGGAUGGAUGGGGGAUACUUUAUCCCAACGAUUACCCAACACUGGGAGAAUAAUGCUGUCACAAAUUAGCGCUGGUUCAGUCAUUCCUUUAGCAGCAAUUUUGCUGUUGGCUUUGCCAUAUGAUCCAUCUACAGCCUUCAUGCAUGGUCUGCUUUUAGUCAUCAUGGGAUUCACCACAGCCUGGAAUGCUCCAGCAACUAACAAUCCAAUAUUUGCAGAGAUAGUACCUGAGAAGUCCCGAACAGCUAUAUAUGCUUUAGAUAGUUCUUUUGAGUCUAUAUUGGCGUCAUUUGCUCCUCCCAUUGUUGGAGUUUUGGCUCAGCAUGUUUAUGGUUAUAGACCAAUCCCAAGCGGAUCCUCGAAUUCUGUUGAGAUUGAAACAGAUAGGGAAAAUGCUGCAUCACUCGCCAAGGCACUUUUUAGUGCAAUUUUAAUUCCUAUGGCAAUCUGCGUCUCCAUCUACUCAUUCCUUUACUGCACAUACCCGAGGGACAGGGAUCGAGCAAGAAUGGUUGCAUUAGUGGAAUCAGAAUUGGAGCAACUAGAGGUUGAUGACUGCACAAAAGAAGAAUAUUGUGAAAUUCACGUUUUAGAAUCAAAUGGGCUGAAUGAUAAAGACAGUAUAGACCUGGAUGAUAAUGAUGAGAAAGUUUUGCUGUCCCCGUAAUAGGCGACUCCCAAAAAACAUUCAUAUCAUGUUCAUUCCUUAAUUUUUGACAGAAUGCAUGUUCAAUCAUUCUUGACGACACAAUCUCCAGGCAUAGUAAUUUCACGUUAUAUAAGAUAUGGUGUUUCAAAUUUUAUUUUAUUUUAUUCCGAUCUUAAUUAGUUCUUUAAAGCGAGUCGGGAUUUAUUAA